AGCAGGCUUGAUUGAAAGGUUACCAAUUUCUAACCUAGAAGCUAGAACUAAUAAUAAUACAAAAAUAUAAAACACUGUCUCUCCAGUUUUUGUUUUGGUGUAAUCUUAAAGUAUAUUUUUCAUUUUUAUUAGAAAUUUAUAGAUAAACAGAAAAAAUGGCUGAACAAGUAAAUCAACGCAUUGAAGAUAUGAUAAAUGAACUAGAGCAAAUGCGGCGGACUAACUUAUUUGAUGAUGAAGAAAUAAGAGAAAUAUCCCGAAAACGCAAGGAGUUUGAAUAUAGAAUUCAGAGGCGAGUCAAAUCUAAGGAAGAUUUUAUAAAUUAUAUUGCUUAUGAACUGCUUUUACUGGAAAACAUUUCACUUCGAAGAAAACAAAAUAAAAUGAAUGAGAAGAAAAAUGAUAUAGAGUAUGCUAUAGCCAGACGCAUGAAUAAAGUUUUUAAACAGUUUAUAUACAGAUUCCAGAAUGAUAUUGAGAUAUAUUUUGAAUAUAUGAAGUUUUGUAGAAGUGUUGGUUUUGAUCAUGCUAUAUCUGGUAUUAUUGGACAGAUGCUUCAGAUUCAUGGAGAUAAGCCAAAAAUGUGGCUACUAGCCAGCAAAUGGGAAAGACUGGAGCAAAACAAUUUGAAAGCAGCUAAGCAGUUCCUGCUUAAGGGCAUACACAGACACCCUGAAUCUCAAGUACUUUACUUGGAACUUUUUGAAAUAGAACUUACACUAUUAUACCAAGCGGAGACAGAUGAAGACAAGGAAAAGCAAAUCAAAAUAGCAGAUGUGGUGUGGAGAAAUGGUAUCAAGAACAUUAACAAUGUGACAUUUCUGUUUGACCUUUGUAAUUUAUGUCUUAAAUGUGAAACAGACAAAUUCUUAACUGAUAAUAUUAAGAAAGAGAUAUGGUCAAGACUUGAUCAGAAAGAAGUUUGGUCAUAUAUUGCAUCUAAAGAAUUGGAAGGUUGUCACUGGGAGGAAUGUGAAGAGUUUUUAAAUUCAGAACAUGAUUACUCUCAAGAAAUUAACAUUUUCAUGGGACUGUAUGAAGAGGCUUUGCAGCGGUUCCCAGAUGAGAAGUUGUGCACGAAAUACAUUCAUGAGCUGCUUGGUGUACAAGAAAGAAUUUGCAGUGAUUACCAGAAAAUUAGAGCAGUAAAACAAGCAUGGCUAUUUGCACAUGAUAAUGGACUACUAACAAAUGAUUUAUAUGCAUUUGGAAUUUCGAUGUUGAAAUUAGAAAAUGAAAUUUCCAAUAGUGAUCUAAUGGAGAUUUUAAAUAAUGCAGCAAAGAAAAAUCCACAAGCUAGAUGCAUAUGGGAAGAAAAACUUCUCUUGAAUAACUCGGAUGAAAAGAAAAUGUUGUCAAUAGCACAAGAAGCAAGUAAAGUAUUAAAAUCUGAUGAUGCACUGUAUAUUUGGAAUCUUCUAUUAGAUAAUGUAAAAUCAAAUGAUAUGCUUAAGAAUUUACAUAAAAGGUUUCAAAACUGUGAAAAUAUUGUAAUAUUGACUAUAAAACCAAAACUACUUCAGAAAAUGUAUGAUUAUAUUGGUUUGAAAGCUGCAAGAGAUCUAUAUGAAGAAUUUAUUAAAACUCCCCCAUUACAAGUUGAAGUACAUAAGGUUAUGAUUGAUAUAGAAAAAACACAAGAUAAACCAAACUCUAAGAAUAUUAGAAAAUGUUAUGAAAUGUUAAUUCAACUUCAUGGCACAGAUAAUUUUGACCUGUGGAUGGAAUAUAUGAAGUUUGAAACUGAUUCAGGAAAUGUUCAGGCAGUUCCCAAUAUUUAUAGAAGAGCCAUUGGAUCACUUAAGAAAGAAUUAGCGGAUGAAUUUAUUAAAGCGCAAACUUUAGCAAAAUUAAAUUAAUACAUAUUCAUAAUUGUUUAUUUUAUAAAUAAUAAUACUACUGACAA